AUGGGAAGCUGUGAUCUUUCUCUCUUGACCCCCCUAGUCUUCUUCUCCCUUCUCCUCGCGUCGCAUCAUGUUCAGGUUCACUCGGCAAUCGGCGUCAACUGGGGAACGGUGUCGUUUCACAAGCUCCGACCAUCGACGGUGGUGGAUCUCCUCAAGGCAAACAAGAUAACCAGAGUCAAGCUCUUCGAUGCCAAUCCAGAUGCGCUUCGAGCUCUUAUGGGUUCUGGAAUCCAAGUCAUGAUCGGCAUUCCUAACGAGAUGCUCUCCACUUUCAAUUCCGAUCUCUUUGUCCGCCAGAAUAUCUCUCGCUUCAUCGGCAAAGGCGGAGCCGAUAUAAGGUACGUUGCAGUUGGGAACGAGCCCUUUCUGACGAGUUACGGUGGUCAGUUUCAGAACUAUGUCGUCCCAGCUAUGCUUAACCUGCAACAAUCCUUGCUUAGAUCCAAUCUAGCUAGCUAUGUCAAACUGGUGGUUCCUUGCAACGCUGAUGCGUAUCAGUCUAAUGUUCCUUCUCAAGGGAUGUUCCGCCCUGAGCUCACACAGAUCAUGACUCAAUUGGUUUCGUUUCUCGACUCCAAUGCCUCUCCUUUUCUUGUCAAUAUCUAUCCUUUCCUUAGCCUCUAUGGAAACUCGGAUUUCCCACAAGACUAUGCGUUUUUUGAGGGAACUAGUCAUCCGGUUCUGGAUGGCCCCAACACCUACUAUAACGCAUUUGAUGGAAACUUUGACACUCUUGUUGCUGCUCUCACCAAGCUUGGAUAUGCUCAAAUGCCUAUAGUUAUUGGUGAGAUUGGCUGGCCUACAGAUGGAGCUGUUGGCGCUAACCUCACAGCCGCCCGUGUUUUCAAUCAAGGCCUCAUUAACCAUUUGUUGAGCAACAAAGGAACACCGCUCAGGCCAGGCUCACCUCCCGCGGAUAUCUAUCUUUUCGGUCUGCUUGACGAAGGAGCGAAAAGUACACUGCCUGGCAACUUUGAAAGGCACUGGGGAAUCUUCUCUUUCGAUGGACAGGCCAAAUAUCGUCUCAACUUAGGACUAGGCAACAGAGGACUCAAGAACGCAAAGAAUGUGCAGUAUCUUCCUUCCAGGUGGUGUGUGGCUCACCCAUCAAGGGACAUGACCCAAGUUGCAGACCACUUCACCCGUGCUUGCAGUGAAGCAGAUUGCACAACGCUCAACGACGGGGGAUCUUGCAGCCAGCUUGGGGAAAAGGAUAAUAUCUCAUACGCUUUCAACAGUUACUAUCAGCUGCAGAUGCAAAACGAAAAGAGCUGCGACUUUGACGGACUUGGCAUGGUCACCUUCCUAGAUCCUUCAGUUGGGGAUUGUAGAUUCCUUGUUGGCGUUACAGAUAAACACUUAUCGUCAAGUGCUAAGUCGAUGGCAAGAUGGUCUAUCUACCAUAUUUGCAUUGGAGUGGUGGUAUGGGCUCUCACAGCGUAA